AUGGCGAUGCAGGAGAUCCAACCCUAUAGUCGUCGGAUUUCAUUCAUGGUGUCGCUUCGGAUGAGUCCAGCGGCCCGGCUUAAGAAUAUCAUCGGCGAUGCUAAAUUACUAAGCCAGGCUAAUAGAACAGCCGCCGUGGACGCUGAAGUACGGGAGCGGGUGGCAAAAAGGAGACAGAACCUCUCAAUACUCUGGAGGUAUUCCCAACAAGAGAGUCAAAGGAAAAUGAUUAGCUCGUCCAGGAAGCACAAAUUGCAUUUCCGUGCCCUCUGCAGAUUUGUUAUCUUGUUGAUUCGCACGUGCCGAUCCUGUCGUGAACUUCUGACGUGCUCAGUGAACCGUGAGCAGUGGCACGGUCUGUUUGACAACAUCGCGGCUGAUGAGGACCUGCCUAAGGCAAGGAGGACUCGGCCAUUUGUCACCCUCGGGAUUAAUGACCAGCGCGAGAUCGUCAAGCUGACAUUUGACAGGGCCGAUUACAGCAAGGAUAAAAGUUACGAACAUCAUACAGCUUUAUUGGAAGCGACCUUGGAGAGUUUACGGAAAAUGCCGAUUGCGAGAUCGGAUGAUGACGUCAACUUGAUUUUGUUGUGUUUGAAGGGAAUCAGCUAUGAUUUCAGCACAUAUCCGUUAGAGAUCCAGAAAGCUAUUUGCAAACACGGGAUCUACGACAGGUACCUUCACAAUCGUAUCCUCAUCCGCCAUGGCAAACCCGCGCAUGGCAUGUACGUCAUGCUAAGGGGUCACGUUGUAGAGAAGUGUCGAGGUGAGAACACGACAGUGCGUGAGAUCAAAAGCGGGGAAGUUUUCGGGAGCUCUACGUUGUUUUUCAAAUGUGAGUUUUCCGCCAAUAUGGCGUGCAAGUCGUAUGUCACAUGGGAGAAAAUGCGUCACAUCAAGACAUCGUUUCUAGGAACAUACAGAAAAAGCACGGUCGUUGCCAAGACAACCUGUGAGCUCUUCUUCCUCCAUAAAUUCGAUUACAAGCGGAUCUUCGAUAUGUCGCCUGACAGCCAUGAUUCCCAGACCCUGGCCGUCUGCAGACGUCAUAUUGUAUUUCAUCACUUCCCGAUGCAGUACUUGAUCAACAACCCGGGCGUGUGGAGCACGUGGCGCUAUAAACAUGGUCGACUUAUUGUCGAAGAUAGCAAUGACACAGAGUGGAUUUACGUCAUUAAAUCGGGGGAAGCUCGAGUCAUCAAGAGGCUCACACCGGGAACUGUAGACGUCAAAGCCCGGCGGAAGAAGAUUCGGGCGAUCCUAGAGCGAGAGUCGCCUCAUCAACGGGCUAAGAAAUUGUUGGAUUUCAUAUCGGAGAGGGACUACACAAAGUCAGUGUACAGACGAGACAUAUACCAUCCUGGACUUCGGCAAUUUUCGGCACCGUGCGGAGGCUGUCGGAAAUCUCGCACGACUACUGUUCACCGGAGUCUGCCGACGUCUCCGACAUGCGCAGACCACAGCCUGAGGAUGUCCACCGAAGUAGGAAAUUCACCCAGUGAAAGAGACACUGAGCAACAACAGGCGUCAGAAAGCUUUGAAACAUUUAGCUCGAUGACCAAGUUGCCAUACAUUACAACGCGAAAGGGAUCCAGUGAGGAGAUAGACGGCAGUGAAUUUAGGCAGGGUUUACACAAGGCGGCAAGCAGAACGCCGUGUGCAAAGGCGGUAACCAGCGGCAGUGGCUCGCUAUCACCACAACACAAACAGACGAAAACUACCGAAGUUAGCCCCUACAGCAUUUUACCACCAUUCGUGCUCGUGGAAACACUUCACCCUGGAGAUGUCUUUGGGUUUCGUUCGUGCCUGGAUCCAGAAGACAGAGGUCCGUCAGCAAGUCUGGUGAGUGGUGAAUGCGAGGUGAUUAAAAUUGACAAGAAGUUCUUCAUGAAGCACGCCGAUGACGCAGUUUUUGGUCUCAUCCGUCUGAAGGCUAAACCUUUUCCGACCCAGGACGAACUGGUGGACCGCCUUGAUGCUAACGUGCAGUGGGAACAGUACAAAGACAACGUCAUCAACGACUUCGUGAAACAUCUGCACCUGCGGAGAUGACGUCACCACGGCGAAAUGAUGUCUCAUAAUGACGAAAAAGUCGAUACCUAGGAGGAGAAUGUCAGGCGAAGUGCCAAAGCCUCAAAAAAGAUC